AUGAGCGAGUACUGGAUCUCUAAAAAGAAAUACUUCUGCAAGUACUGCGAAAUUUACAUCGCCGACGACGCACCGUCGCGUCAACAUCACGAGAAUGGGUUAAGACACCAAGGGAAUCGAGAGCGCUUCAUCCGGGGGAUAUAUAAAGAUGGAGAAAAGAAGGGCAGGGAGAGAGAAGAGGAGAAGAGGGAGAUGGGAAGAGUUGAACUUGCUGCCCAGGCUGCUUAUUCGCAGGAUAUCAGUGCUGGACUGGCGAAAGCGUCGGGGUCUACCUUGGCGCAAAAACCCGCACCUCAGACGUCGAAAACGAAAAAUUCGAAACCAUCAAACCCGUUCACCAAUUACAGUUCGCCAGCCUCACUCGGGUAUGUCGAUCCAGAUGCAGAAAGUGCAGCUGCAGAGGCGGCCUUGCGGCAGAGCCAGGGUAUAGCGGGGGAGUGGCAGGUUGUUGAAUCCAAAACUACUACUCUGAAACGCACUGCAGACGAACAACAACCACUAGACUACGACGACGAUGCACGGAGUUUUAAAUUGAGGAAAAAGACUUUGAGGUCUGGGUUGGGAGAGGUGUAUGAUCCAGGUGUUAUCAGCUUGAAACCCAAGCCAAAGCCCCAACAGAACGUCGAGGAGGUG